AUGAGGAAGAUAAUCUACGAGUUUGAGCAGUGCGAUCCAAAAAAGUGUUCUGGGAAGAAACUUAUCAAACAGAACAAGAUUGAGCCAAUAAAAAAGAAUAAAAACUUCAAAGGAGUGGUUCUUUCUCCAGAUGCAGAUCAGUCUAUCUCUCCUGCAGACAGAGACGUCAUAGAAAGAUUUGGAAUAGGGCUUAUAGACUGUUCAUGGGCACAGUUAGACUCUGUGGACUUUAAAAGGCUUCCAAGGAAGCACAACAGGCUUCUUCCGUUUAUGGUUGCAGCAAACCCGGUAAACUAUGGCAAGCCUUUUAAGCUGAACUGUGCCGAGGCACUGAGUGCUUCGCUGUAUAUCUGUGGCUUCAAAGAGGAAGCCUAUGAGAUUCUUAACGAAUUUAAUUAUGGAAAUGAAUUCUACAAGUUAAAUGAAGAUCUUCUUGAGGAGUACUCCAAGUGCACGUCAAGUGCUGAAGUGGUGGAAGUGCAGAACAGGUUCUUAGAAAGUCAAUCUAAAAAAGAAUAA